CUGUCUCUCGCCCUCCCCGGGCCGCGCGGCCGGAGCUGGCACGGAGGAGCGGCGGCGGCGGCGGCGGCGGCUUCGGGCAUCGCGGCUUGGGGAGCUGGCGCUCCGCCGGACACGGCGCCCCCGCCAGCGCCCUCCGCGCGCGCGGACCUGCCUCCCGCGGUCCCGGGCGGCCCGGGGCGUCCGGCGUCCCCCAAGGGCAAGCGUGUCCGCGCGGGGCGGGGGACCAGCGCGGGGCUGCAGCCUGUUGGAGCUCGGGGAGCGCGGGGCCCGGGGUCCGGGGCUCAGGGACCCCGCGCGGAGCCGCACGGCCCGGCCUCCUGCGCACAGCAGUUCCCUCCAACUCCCCCCCUCCGCCGCGUUGGGGCCCAGCGCUGUCGGAGGACCCCGUCCGGAUCUGCGAAGAAAGGAAUGUCAUGAAAAAGGAACAGAAAAGAGCCAUCAUUGUUGGUGAAAGGGGAGUGUUCUUUCCCAGCUGGUGGUUGCUUCAUGAUUGGAAGAGAAGUACCUAGGUGGCAGAAGAGAUUAGAUUCUUCUAGCUGUACAGAUGGAGCUGAUAAAAGAAGACGUGGAAAUGCUUCCUCUGGGGCAUAAUAGACUGAUAAGCAAGAGGGCCUGAAAAAGACAGAUUUGAAAUGAGGACAGGAAUUUUGAGAUUUUUUAAAACCAGGUAGGACUUUGGACACUUGUUGAGGAUGUUUUUCUCCCAAAAACGAAGAAUAAAAAUUCUCAAAGUCAGAAAUGUAAAAAGCUGAGACGAAAAACAACCGAGUCUACCCCAAGGAUUUCAGUACUUCGUCACUUUCUUUGGGUAGACACACACACAAGGGCAUCACUCACGUCUGGGGAUUUUAUUUCCUGCGAUGGUUUCCUGUGCUAGGAAUGGCUUAAUUUGGAAUUUAGAGUGGUUUUUUUUUCCUACCUUUUUGUUUUUCUUUUGAUACAAUGUGUGUUUUGAUACUUCAUGUUAAAUUUAUGCAAAGGAGAUAAAUCCUAAAGUCAUAGUAUGUUUGACUCUCUAUAUCACUGUUUGCUCUGUGAUAUGGAAAAACUAGAGGAUUUAACAUUCCUUGAAGUUUUGUUGGAAGCAAAACUGCAUUAGAGACACAGAUAUACAGUGUAAGUUUUCUCUUUUUGGCAAUCGUAUUUGCUUUGAAGGAGCCAACUAUCAGCUGGAUUUCACAGCAUAAGCGAUUUAUAGUCUUUGUUUUAUCAAGGCCUUAAAUGGGUGUUUUAUACUGAGCAGAUGGGAACCACAUUGAGCGCUCUGUUUGACAUGAUUGCCUAAGGAAGGGAACUCCCUGAUGGAUCAUGGCGUUAAUGUUUACAGGACAUUUCUUAUUUUUAGCAUUAGUGAUGUUUGCUUUCUCUACUUUUGAGGAAUCUGUAAGCAAUUACUCUGACUGGGCAGUUUUUGCAGAUGAUAUAGAUCAGUUUAAGACACAGAAAGUGCAAGAUUUCAGAUCCAACCAAAAGCAGAAAAAAAGUAUGCUUCAUCCAAGUUUAUAUUUCGAUGCGGGAGAGAUUCAAGCAAUGAGACAAAAGUCUCGCACAAGCCAUUUGCACCUUUUUAGAGCUAUCAGAAAUGCAGUGACAGUUAUGCUGUCCAACCCAACAUACUACCUACCUCCACCCAAGCAUGCUGACUUUGCUGCCAAGUGGAAUGAAAUUUAUGGUAACAAUCUGCCUCCUUUAGCUUUGUACUGUUUGCUAUGCCCAGAAGACAAAGUUGCCUUUGAAUUUGUCUUGGAAUAUAUGGACAGGAUGGUUGGCUACAAAGACUGGCUAGUUGAGAAUGCACCAGGGGAUGAGGUCCCAGUUGGCCAUUCCUUAACAGGCUUUGCCACAGCCUUUGACUUUUUAUAUAACUUCCUAGAUGCUCACCGAAGACAGAAAUACCUGGAAAAAAUAUGGGUGGUUACCGAGGAAAUGUACGAGUAUUCCAAGGUCCGAUCAUGGGGCAAACAACUUCUUCAUAACCACCAAGCUACUAAUAUGAUAGCACUGCUCACCGGGGCUUUGGUGACGGGGGCAGAAAAAGAUUCUAAAGUAAAUUUAUGGAAGCAAGUUGUUGUAGAUGUGAUGGAAAAGACCAUGUUUCUAUUGAAUCAUAUUGUCGAUGGUUCUUUGGAUGAAGGUGUGGCGUAUGGAAGCUACACGGCUAAAUCAGUCACGCAGUAUGUGUUUCUGGCCCAGCGCCAUUUUAAUAUCAACAACUUGGAUAAUAACUGGUUAAAAAUGCACUUUUGGUUCUAUUAUGCCACCCUUUUACCGGGCUUCCAAAGAACUGUGGGCAUAGCAGAUUCCAAUUAUAAUUGGUUUUAUGGUCCAGAGAGCCAGCUGGUUUUCUUGGAUAAGUUCAUCUUAAAGAAUGGAGCUGGGAACUGGUUAGCUCAGCAGAUUAGAAGGCACCGACCUAAAGAUGGACCGAUGGUCCCCUCCACUGCCCAGAGGUGGAGCACUCUUCACACUGAAUACAUCUGGUAUGAUCCCCAGCUCACCCCACAGCCUCCCACUGAAUAUGGUACGGCAAAAAUGCACACCUUCCCUAACUGGGGUGUUGUCACGUAUGGGGCUGGGUUGCCAAAUACCCAGACUAAUACCUUUGUGUCUUUUAAGUCUGGGAAACUUGGAGGUCGAGCUGUGUAUGACAUAGUUCACUUUCAGCCAUACUCCUGGAUUGAUGGGUGGCGAAGCUUCAACCCAGGACAUGAGCACCCAGACCAGAACUCGUUUACUUUUGCUCCCAAUGGUCAAGUAUUCGUUUCCGAAGCUCUCUAUGGACCCAAGUUGAGCCACCUCAACAACGUGUUAGUGUUUGCACCGUCACCCACGAGCCAAUGUAACAAGCCCUGGGAAGGGCAGCUGGGAGAAUGUGCACAGUGGCUCAAAUGGACCAACGAGGAGGUUGGUGACGCAGCAGGGGAAAUCAUCACUGCCUCUCAGCAUGGGGAGAUGAUUUUUGUGAGCGGGGAAGCAGUAUCUGCUUACUCUUCAGCAAUGAAACUGAAAAGCGUGUACCGCGCUUUGCUUCUCCUAAAUUCUCAAACCUUGCUAGUUGUCGAUCACAUUGAGAAGCAAGAUGAUUCUCCGAUAAAAUCUGUCAGUGCCUUCUUUCAUAACCUGGAUAUUGAUUUUAAGUACAUCCCCUACAGGUUUAUGAACAAGUAUAAUGGCGCCAUGAUGGACGUGUGGGAUGCACACUACAAAAUGUUUUGGUUUGAUCACCAUGGCAGUAGCCCCGUUGCAAGUAUACAGGAAGCAGAGCAAGCUGCCGAAUUUAAGAAGCGGUGGACCCAGUUUGUUAACGUCACAUUUCAGAUGGAAUCCACAAUCACAAGAAUCGCAUAUGUCUUUUAUGGGCCGUAUGUCAAUGUUUCCAGCUGCAGAUUUACUGAUAACUCCAACUCCGGUCUUCAGAUUUCUCUCAACGUCAAUAAUACUGAACAUGUUAUCUCCAUUGUAACUGACUACUACAACCUGAACACGAGAUUCAACUACCUGGGAUUUGGUGGCUUUGCCAAUGUGGCUGAUCAGGGCCAAAUCACCCGAUUCGGUUUGGGCUCUCAAGCGAUCGUAAGGCCCGUAAGACAGGAUAAAGUUAUGUUCCCCUUUGGAUUUAAAUUUAAUAUAGCAAUCGGGUUGAUUUUGUGCAUCAGCUUGUUGAUUUUAACUUUUCAGUGGCGGUUUUACCUGUCUUUUAGAAAGCUGAUGCGGUGGAUUCUAAUCCUUGUUGUUGUCUUGUGGUUUAUUGAGCUCCUGGAUGUGUGGAGCACGUGCACUCAGCCCAUCUGUGCAAAAUGGGCAAGGACGGAGAUGGAGGCCAGCGCCAAGUCUGUGUCUUCCCAAGGGCACCACAUUGAUCGUCCUGAUGUUGUCAUUACCUCACUUCCUGGUUCAGGAGCUGAAAUUCUCAAACAACUAUUUUUCAACAGCAGUGAUUUCCUCUACAUCAGGGUUCCCACAGCAUACAUUGAUAUCCCUGAAACUGAAUUUGAAAUUGAGUCCUUUGUAGAUGCCUGCGAAUGGAAGGCAUCAGAUAUCCACAGCGUGCAUUUCCGCCUGCUCCGAGGCUGGCUGCAGUCUUUAGUCCAAGAUACAAAACUGCAUUUGCAGAACAUCCAUCUGCAUGAAUCCAGCAGAGGUAAACUGGCCCAAUAUUUUCCAGUGAAUAAGGACAAGAAAAGAAAAUCGAAGAGAAGAGAGUCUUUGUCGGAACAAAGAAGUAGAAUGAGAGGCGCCUUUGAUAGAGACGCUGAAUACAUUAGGGCUUUGAGGAGACACCUGGUUUACUUCCCGAGCGCACGGCCUGUGCUCAGUCUAAGCAGUGGGAGCUGGACCUUAAAGCUUCAUUUUUUCCAGGAGGUUUUGGGAUCUUCGCUGAGGGCAUUGUAUGUAGUAAGGGACCCUCGGGCGUGGGUUUAUUCAAUGCUGUACAGUAGCAAACCAAGUCUGUACUCUCUGAAGAACAUACCAGAGCGCUUAGCCAAACUGUUUAAAGUAGAGGGAGAUAAAGGCAGAUGUAGCUUACAUUCCGGCUAUGCUCCGGAGUAUGAAUCAUUAAGGAAAGAAUUAUCAAAACCCAAGGCUAGCGCAGUCUCCCUGUUGUCUCAUUUGUGGCUGGCACACACAGCAGCAGCCCUGAGAAUAAACUCGGAUUUGCUACCUACCAGCUACCAGCUGGUCAAGUUUGAAGACAUUGUGCAUUUCCCCCAGAAAACCACCGAAAGGAUUUUCGCCUUCCUUGGCAUCCCUUUGUCUCCUGCUAGUUUAAACCAAAUAUUGUUUGCCACUUCCACGAACCUUUUCAAUCUUCCCUACGAAGGGGAAAUAUCACCAAGUAAUAGUAAUGUUUGGAAACAAAACUUGUCUCGAGAUAAAAUUAAACAGAUUGAAAACAUCUGCUGGACACUGAUGGACCGUCUAGGAUAUCCAAAGUUAAUGGACUGAGCUGCGGGUCAGCAGGAAUUUGCACUAAUAUGUUCCAACCCAGUUUGUGGACAUGGAUUAGAAGAGUUUGCUUAUUCUUGUACUUGUGUGUGUGUGUGUGUGUGUGUGUGUGUGUGUGUGUGUGAGAGAGAGAGAGAGAGAGAGAGAGAGAGAGAGAGAGAGAGAGAGAAGAGAAUGUGUGUGUUCAGUUAAUUGCACAGAGAGAUAAUUUUAAAAAUAGACACCGUAUUUGGCAGAGCACGAUUUAAUUUUUAUGUUACUACUUUCUUGCCUUUGUUUCUGAAUUGUUUUCUGCUAAAAUGCUUCCACUACAGAGGUGUAGAUGAAGUUCUGUUGUGGUCAGGAAAAGUAGGAAGACUUUUAAAGUUUUUGUCUUAACUCUCUUCAUCUGCAACUGUGCUGAUGUGUCCUGGAACCUCAAAGGCUGCUCAAGGCCUUCCGUUGUUGUUUUACCCAGGCAUCUCUUGCUUUCAAGAUGGAUUACAGAAGUUCCUUAGCUUUUUAUAAAAGGUCUUCUAACAUGUUUAUCCCGCACAAGAAAAUAAAUCCUUUACUGUGUAUGAUGUUUAGUGAUAUCACUGGGGAAAUGGUGGAAACUUCUAUCUGAACUAUGGGGCUAUAGGGUUCCUUCUAUAAAAUACAGAUGGAUAUACAGAAUGAAUGUGGUGUGUUUUUGUUUGUUUUUUUGCAGAUCAGAAACUGACCUAAACAGCCUUCUUAAUGCUUUCUACUUUGAAGUAAUGGAAUCAGCCUUUGUAUAAUCUGGGUGCCAAGGGCUGGUGGAGUAUUUUCGACCUGCUUGUCUGUGUAAAACUCCUUUCUUUGUAUUGCCUCCUUGAAACCACAGCUGCUAGCAUCACACCACUCCCAUCCUGUCUCUCUCUCUCUCUUUUUUUUUUUUGUCACUGUCGUGCAAAAUCAGUCGCAUUUACUGAUGGUUAAACUCCUUGUGUUUUCGGGAUGUUUUCCCUCUGAUGAUUAAUUUUGCAUUAAAACCUAACCCAGAUUUAUAAUGAAACUUCUUUUUGUGGAAUUAUCGCCGUAUGACUCAAAGGAAGCUGAGCCACCACAGGCUGCAUUUUGUUUUUGUUUUUUUAGACUGGAAGCAGAGUUGGAAAACUGCCUGACUUGUCUCACAUCCUUUGAAUGAGUUUACAGACUGCCAGUGUGGACAAAUGGGGGAUGAUGUCAGAAGCAUCUGUUUCCUUCACCAUCUGCAUCUUAUUAUAAAUGUAGUCGUCAUCGAAUGCGGCUCAUUUUCUUUUGGUAGGCACUGAAAUCCAAAUGCUGUGCCAGUACAAGCCAGUGGAGUAAUUACAACGUACUGGGUGAAAACUAUUAGGCAGUGUGGAGACUUGAUGAAAUCUCUGUACAGAUUGCAGUCUUCUUCCUGAUGUUGCAAACUGUCGUUUCCCCCAAGCUCUCUAGCACUUGGGAGUCUGUUGUUCUGACCUAGAUAAAAGUGGUUCUUUCUCAGUAGUUUGUUAUUGUGUCAGAAUGUGCCUGUAGAGUGAUAAAGCUGUGGAUAUGUUCUAUUCCAGCAAAACCUCACUUGGCUGUCAUUUCCCCCGAUAUAGUGUGAAUGAAUGCAGGCCACUCCUACUCCUCUUAUAUUGACUUUCUUCCCGGAGCUCCCAUGACUUUUUCUCUACAAUGUCAAAAUGAAUGAAAGUGCUAUUAACGUAGGUUGAGAGGGCAACCGAAGACCUGAAUCUACACUGUUAUUGCCGAGGAAGACGAUAACCUUCCUAUUUGAGGGUUAUCAACAGGCAUGUAAAAUUGCUACACAGAUGUUAACACUAUUUUCAUAGUUGGUCCGAGUGUCACUGUUUGCUUUCAUUUCCCAGGAUAUGGGAUCUCAAAUGAGAUCCAUUAUAAAGGCUUUGGGUUGGCAGUAAUAUUAGGUCUGAUCAAGGUAAGAAUUAGACAUGUGUAGGUAACAAAUAAGAAAAUGGAAGCUUUUCUUUAAAAUUUUAUAGAAAUGUGCCCAUGGGCAGAAGAGAGCCAGGUUCAUUAUGUGGAGGAAAGAAGGGGAAAAUGAAAAAGAGUAGUUUUGUGAAUGAAUGAAUAUGGAAACGUUAUUGAUAGCUGAUGAAAGUGACAUGGUUAAUAAAAUGAGCUUCACAGUGCACCAUCUUUCCAGCAAUGUCAAGGUGAAUUUUCCUGUCCCUGUACUCACCCACUCCUGCCCCAAGGGAAAGUUUGCUGAAGGGGAACACCUACUUGCAGCUUCUCCUGUAGAAAUAUUUUAUGUGGAGACGCAUUGAACAUGCAUGCAUAUGUUCAUAUAUUCAUGCUUGGAGACCCCUGCCUUGUCAUCUCAAUACCUAAGGUGACUGACUCUCCAAACACCCAGGUCCUACACUCUUAGGGUGCUACCUAGGAAAAAAUUCAACCAGACUCUACACUUAUUCUUAAUCAUCUUAAAAAUAAAACAGCAAUGAUCACUAUGUGACUCUUUCAAAGGAAACUAAAUGUUAUCUCUAUAAAUUCAAUUCCUUCAUUAACUUCCCCAAACUUCUGCCCGAGAUAAAAGCUUUUAUUAAAAUAAGAGCAUUUAAGUCUUGAAACUUUGAAAGAAUGUGUUCUGCUGACACAAGUAACAUAAGUAAAUAUAGUGACAAUAAUCUGUUUUUCCAAAGUGAAAUAAUGUUAAUUAUUCAUUUUGGAUGGAAUAUGCUCUACCCAGAGUUGAAUUUACUGUAAUAAAAAUUCCAGGAAGGAUAAGAAAUGGGAGAAUCUGUUAAAAAAAAAAAAAAAAAAAAAAAAAAAAAAAAAAAGUAAAUCUAUGUGGCUUAAUUUAUAUAAACCUGGAGAAGCACAAGUUUUAAGCAGAUGACACAAAAAUGCAUACAUAUUAGGCCCAGAUCCCAUAUAUUAGACAUUUGAUUGACAUUUUAGACAGGAAGAAGUAGUAAGUGCCUGCCAAGAAUGGAUGUUAGGUCAAAUUCCCAGCAUGGAAGAGGACUGGCCACAUAACCCUCUGAAAGUAUUCAAACAAGGUCUCCACACACACAAGUAUGCUUUAAUUGCUUCUUCUGGCCACUUGUAAUUUAUGUCAUUUAUCAGUAGAGUUUGGGGUGCAUCAUCAUAGAUUCUAGACAGUCCUGAUAUAUAAAGUAUAUCACAUUAAAUUUUCUAUGAGUAUUAACAAUGACUUAAAAAUUGCUAUGUUUGAUCAUAAACCAUUUUUUUUUGAAACUAUAUAUAUAACAAGACUCUUACUAAGUAAAUAAAAAGCUAAAAGCAAGUUGGCUGUGGUUGGGAGAGUUUGUAAUAGCCCUCUUCUUUAGGUCUUGGGUAACUUAGAAUUCCUUAUGAAGCUGAGAAGGCAGACAAUGGGAAAUACAAUUGCAUAUUGACAUAUCGUCCUACACUUUCAGCCACUAAACUUGCGCCAUUUAAGGAUGGGCAAUCCUUGCCUCUACUCUUUUAAUUUAAUUCCAAGUUCUGUCUCUGACUUCCACUGUCUUCUGCAUACAUCUUCCCAACUUACUAAAUGGCAAGAACAUCCCUGCACUAUGUACUUGUACUCUCAAUCUGUCCCUGCUGCCACUAGUAAGGUCUUUCGGUAUGAUCUUUCUAAAAAGAGGUUCUUGCAGGUUGCUUGAGAUAUUCUAAGUCAGUGAUGCAUGAGGUUGGCUCAGGGAAGACUUU